GAAUGAUUUUUCAUGGGACAAAAAUAUUUGAAUGUCUGUCUAUUAUUUGAUUCUUAUCGUGAUUUUUUUUUUUAUAGCAAAUUGAAUGGUUGUUAGAACGGCUGCCACUUUUUGCGUGAAAUCACAGUAUCGCAGUUACAAUCAUAAAAUGCAUUUUAAAAGGUCAAAGAUAAUAAACAAACCGUACCACAGUAGCAACUACAAUAAAAAUCGUAUUAAAAAUUCAAAGAGAAAAAAAACUUUAAAAGCUCAAAGAGUAGAAACACACAGUGCCAAAGCUACAAAAAUAAAAACAUCGCUUUAAAAGCUCAAAAACAAAACAAAAACUAUGAACGGUUCUUUCAGUUUCAUUCUAUAAGUUGACUGCUUUGCCGAGAGUGCUCGAUGGGUAACCCUGCGAAAAACUGAUAUUUCAUGUACAGUAUACCAAUAAUGUCUUCGUACAGCAGCAACUUGUAUUAUUGGAAGCGAAGAAGACUUUAGAUACAAAGUCCUGGUCUAAAUCCUAUAUAGUAUGAUACCGGUCUAAAACCAACACUUUCCCACAAAUUUCGCAAAAGCUUUUUUAAGUACUAAAGACUUGUGAGGUCGUGCAAAGGCGGUGUUGAAAGAUUUAAAAUACAUGCAGCAUAUAUAGGAAUUCCAUAAAAAUGUCCAAAAGUUCCGAAAAUUCUGAAAGUAAACCUCUUAAUACCAAUGAUAAUAAUGAGGGAAAUACGAAAAGCACACCAAAGAUACAACCAAAAUAUAGCAUCCAUCGAGAUGUGCUGACUCAUGAGAUAGUUAUACGACAAACUGGGUAUUCGGCAAGAGAUAAAAGUAUCCCCUCAUCCUUACGUAACUUUUGGAGUGGUUUGAACUUGCUAUCAAUAUUCACUGGCCUUAUUCCUAUUCUACAAUGGCUACCCCAGUAUUCACUGAAGCGGGACCUCGUUGGAGAUAUUAUAUCAGGAUUUACUGUCGCUAUUAUGAAUAUACCCCAUGGAAUGGCCUAUGGAAUACUGGCUGGUGUUUCCGCUGGAAAUGGUCUCUAUAUGGCCGUAUUUCCAGUGCUUGUCUAUAUGUUUUUAGGCACAUCCAAGCACAUAUCAAUUGGUACAUUUGCUGUAGCCAGUAUGAUGACGCAAAAAGUGGUUCUAACCUAUGCAAAUGUGGAUUCUAACAACCUAAUCGAUGGUACAAUGGCAGGUAAUAAUUCUAUGAUAAAUACCGUACUGCCUCCAGAGAAUGUUAUCACGCAGUUGGACGUGGCCACUUCACUUGCUUUAGCUGUUGGCAUUGUGAAUUUGCUUAUGUCCUUUUUCAGACUGGGAACGCUUGCUUCAUUGCUAAGUGAGCCACUAGUAAAUGGUUUUACCACAGCUGCAGCGUGUCAUGUGGUAGCCGCACAACUAAAAGACGUAGUAGGAAUAAGAAUAGACCGCCAUAAAGGAGCAUUUAAAAUUAUUUACACUCUGAUCGAUGUAACUAAGGGCCUGACAAAUACGAACCUUGUUAACUUCAGCUUCUGCGUGGGAGUAAUUAUUUUCAUGACUGUUUGCAAUGAGUUUAUAAAGCCGUAUUUAAAUCAACGAUGCCGGUUCCCUUUGCCAGGAGAACUAAUAGCUGUGAUUGGUGGAACAUUGAUCUCCAAAUUUUGUCAUUUACACGAUGACUUUAAUGUGGAGUUGGUUGGUAUAAUACCAAAAGGAUUACCAAGUGCUACACUACCACGCCUCAAUUUGAUCCCCUUAGUUGCAGUCGAUGCAAUAGCCAUUGCAAUAGUCACAUAUUCCAUUAUCAUGUCUAUGGGCUUGACGUUUGCCAAAAAGCAUGGUUAUGAGGUUCGCGCCAAUCAGGAACUCUUUGCUAUGGGCUUAGGUAAUGCUGUCGGUAGCUGUUUUUCUUGCAUACCCUUAGCCUGCUCUUUAUCGCGAUCGGUUAUACAGGACCAAACAGGUGGUGUCUCCCAAAUAGCUUCUUUGGUGUCUGCCACACUUGUGGUUGUUACAUUACUGUGGAUCGGGCCGUUCUUCAGCGAUUUACCAAGGUGCGUUUUGGCUGGCGUCAUAAUUGUAGCAUUAAAACCUAUGUUUAUGCAGAUUAAACAGCUGAAAAAAUUUUCAAAGCAAGGCAAACUAGAAAUAUUCAGCUGGAUAUCUACAUUCUUGUGUGUAGUGCUCAUAGACAUUGAUAUCGGGCUUCUUAUUGGCGUUUGCGUGUCGUUAUUAGCAUUGUAUAUUAAGGGGUUGAAGCCUUAUUAUUGUUUGCUGGGCUAUAUGCCUGAAUCGCCUGGUAUCUAUAUGGAUGUGAACCAACAUCGCAAUGUAAUGCAAGUCCCACAAACACGCAUCUUUCGGUACUACGGUUCUCUUAAUUUUGCUACAAGGUUGUUUUUUCGUCGUGCGCUUUAUUCUGUAGUAGGACUUGAUAAAAUUAAGCAAAAGACAAAAAACAACCAAAAUAGAAAAUCGUCGACAAAAUAUGUCUCUGUAACUGAAAAUGUUAAGGAAACCAAUACGCUUAAAUUUUUAAUUCUGGAUUUCUCCAUGUUGGGCCACAUCGAUGUUGCCGGCUGCAGCAUGUUGACUGAUGUUAGCAAUGAGUUAAAAACGUUUGGUUCUCGUUUGCUGUUGUCUAGCCCUAUGGAUCGCGUUUACGACACGUUGGUACACAGCAUGGCUCUAAGCGAAGGUCCUUUUGAAAUUUUCCCCACGUUACAUGAUGCUGUAGAGUAUGCAAAUGCGUAUCGAACGGUAUAAAAUUCCAAUCGAUUGUAAAAUUAACGUAAGAACCGUGCGAAAUUUUUCAUAUGAAUAAGAAAAAAAUAUUUUGUACCCUAUUGCUUAAAUAUUAAUGUUAGCUAUUUUGUUAAUGCUGUAUGCCGAUAUUUUUGUACUUAUUCGUUUUGGAACUAAAAAUAAAUGCCUCAGAGCACGACGAAA